AUGGAGAGUCAGAGGAAUGUCUCAGAAUUCAUUCUUUUGGGACUUUCAUAUGACCAUCGCACACAAAUAUUUUGCUUUGUGUUCUUCUUAUUCUGUUAUGCUGCUCUCUUGGUAGGAAACCUUCUGAUCCUUAUCUCUAUUCGAUGCAGCCCUCUUUUCCACCAACCAAUGUACUAUUUCCUCAGCCACUUAUCCUGUAUGGACAUCUGCUUCACCUCUAGCAUUACACCCAAAUUCAUUGCUGACCUCCUAGUGGGAAGAAAAGCCAUCUCCUAUGGUAACUGUAUGUUACAGGUCUUUACCAUGCACUUCUUCGGAAUGACUGAAGUCUUAAUCCUCACCGUCAUGGCCUUUGAUCGCUACGCUGCCAUCUGCAAACCUCUCCACUACCUGCUUGUCAUGAACAGAGCAAGGUGCAAUCUCCUCGUCUUAGCUGCUUGGGCUGGUGGGGCCGCGCACUCCUUUCCUCAAUUUUUUCUGGUAAUCAGGUUGCCCUUCUGUGGUCCUAAUGAGAUUGACCACUAUUUUUGUGACAUUUUUCCUUUGCUAAAAGUUGCCUGUGCUGACACCUAUGUCACCGGUGUCCUUUUGGUUGCCAAUUCAGGAAUGGUUACCUUAGUGGCAUUUGUGGUCUUGUUUUUUUCUUAUGUCAUUAUAUUAUUCACUUUAAGAAAUCAUUCAGCCAAAGGAAGGCGCAAAGCCCUCUCUACCUGUGGGUCGCAUAUCACUGUGAUAGUUUUAUUUUUUGGGCCUUCGGUCUUUGCCUACCUUCGGCCUCCAACCACUUUCCCUGAGGAUAAGGUAUUUGCUCUGUUUUACACCAUCAUCGCUCCGAUGUUCAACCCCUUCAUCUACACUCUGAGGAACUCAGAGAUGAAAAACGCCAUGAGAAAUGUCUGGAAUCAAACAUUGGAACUCAAUAUCUUUUAUACAAAACAGAGGGGCAGCUAG